AUGAAGUACGCUCUUCCUCUGACACUCGCCGGUGCGCUCCUUGCCCAGGGGUGCUCCGCGCUCUGGCUCUUGCCUACCGCUCGCAACUUCAUCUACAUCGUGCCUGAUGGCUAUGGUCCGGCUUCUCAGACCAUGGCACGCGACUACGUGUCUUUGCUCCAAAACGGCGAGAACCCAAAGGCACCUGUUUCCAUUCAGCUUCCCGCAGACCAGAUGGUCAUUGGCAGUGUCAGGACGCAGGCAAGCAACAACCUGAUCACGGAUUCUGCAGCCAGUGCGACGGCCUUUGGAUGCGGUGUCAAGACGUACAACAACGCCAUCGCAGUCGAUGAUGAUGGCCAGCCCGUAGGUUCAAUCCUCGAAGCCGCCAAAAUGGAAGGUUUCAAGACCGGUCUCGUUGUGACCUCAACCAUCAACCACGCCACCCCUGCAUGUUACGCCGCUCACGUUGCCGAUCGCAACUCUUACGAGAAGAUCGCUGAACACGAGAUUGGGUACUCUCACCCGCUUGGGCCUCAAGUCGAUAUCCUCAUGGGCGGAGGACGCUGCUACUUCAAGCCAAAGUCCGACCCCACGUCCUGCCGCGAAGACGACAUCGAUCUUUUCGGCUAUGCCAAGGGAAAGGGAUACCGUGUCAUGCAGGACCGCAAGGCGUUUGACGAGCUGAAGAAAGGGACAGCCAAGGCCGCUGACUUGCCCUACAUCGGCUUGUUCAACGACGAUCAAAUGAUGUACGAGAUUGAUCGCCAGCAGAACCCCCAGCAAGAGCCGAGUCUGCUCGAGAUGGUCGAGACGGCUUUGACCUCCCUGGACCGCGCCACCAAGUGGAACGUCAAAGGCUAUUUCCUCAUGAUCGAAGCUAGCAGGAUCGAUCAUGCCGGACACGCCAACGAUGCAGUAGGCCAUCUCCACGAUACCAUCAUGUACAACAACGUGAUGAAGUAUGUCCGCGAGUGGAUCGACAAGCACCCGGACACCAUGAUGCUGUCUGCGGCCGACCACGAGUGCGGAGGCCUGACUCUCAACGGCUUCAAUCCACUCCCACUCCAGGGGGCCAGCAUGUCGACCGAGCACGCAGAGACACUCUGGAAGAACUACAACGGCACGGACAGGCGCGCAUACCUCCGAUCCACCAUCCUCCCGGGCUACGGACUCGGCGAUCUGAGCGAGGCCGACGUCGACACCCUCCUCAAGAACAACAGACUCGCCGCCGACCUCUCGUCGCGGCUGAGCAAGAAGGCCGGCGUCAACUGGAGCACCGGCGGACACACUGCAUCCGACAUCACCCUGUUUGGAUAUGGUGCCGGGUGGCGCGGUGGCAACUUGAAGUCCGACAUGGCAGGGAACUGGGACAACACUCAGCUGCCCGGCUACAUUGAGGGGGUGCUCAAGGUGAAGAUGAGCAAGGUCACGGAGAAGCUGAGGAAGGCUGGCAGCGCGUGGGUUGGGAAGCGGGACUUGACCAGCCACGGCCACCUGCACAAGCACUGA